UGCAUGGGGAAAGUAAGAGCCAGGACGCUAGCUAUGCAAAAAACCUAUUUAUCAUUAAUUUGACAGAAAGACACGGGCAACUAAAGAAACCUUCGAGGAUUAGACACUUUUCAAACUAAAGUCACCCAACUGAAACUCCACGGAAGACUUCACCCUACACAUGGUUACUAUUCUAAACCAUUGCUAGUCUAAGUAUGGGAUGUGCAGGUUCUAUGGAAAAGGGUGUAUCCCAUGAACAAACUCAAAAUGACACAUCCCAAAAAACCAAAUACAGCCAAGAUCCAAAACAGUCAGCAACAAAUGUAAAGAAUUCAUCAUCUUUACUGCCUGAGCAGAUUCUUCAAAAUGAUGAUGCUGCCAGUCUAAAAGAGAUGGUAAUGGUUGCUCUGUACUCAUAUGUAGCAGUGAAAAAGACUCAGCUGACUUUCAAAAAAGGAGAGAAGUUCCAAAUAUUGGACAAGAGUGGUGAGUGGUGGAAGGCCAAGUCACUGUCUUCUGGCAAAGAAGGUUUGAUACCUUACAAUUAUUUACAGGUAGAAGAGAGCAUAGACUCAAAAGACUUUUUCUUUAAGAGCAUUAACAGAAAGGAUGCUGAGAGAUACCUGCUGGCUCCUGCCAAUAACCCAGGAGCCUUUCUCAUACGAGAGAGUGAGACAAGUACAGGGUGUUACUCUAUGUCAGUGAGAGACUUGUGCACAGAUGGUACAGAUGUGGUAAAGCAUUAUAAGAUUCGCCGGCUAGAGGACGGAGGAUUCUUCAUCUCCUCAAGAAUUACCUUCAAAACACUGGAUGACCUCGUCACGUACUACCAGAAGCAGGCUUAUGGAUUAUGUCGGCGACUGGGCAAAGCAUGUGAGAAGCCCAUAAUUGAAAAGUGGGAUGAAGAUGAUUGGGAGAUUGCUAAAGAAACUCUCCGGAUGGUCAAAAGACUUGGAGCUGGUCAAUUUGGAGAAGUCUGGAUGGCGAUGUACAACAACACUACCAAGGUUGCAGUAAAGACUCUGAAGCCUGGUACUAUGACAGUCGCAGCCUUUCUGCAGGAAGCUAACCUGAUGAAAACUCUGCAGCAUGACCGCCUGGUGCGCCUGUUCGCUGUGGUCACCAAAACGGCACCAAUCUAUAUCAUCACAGAGUUCAUGUCAAACGGGAGCUUGUUGGACUUUCUGAAAAGCCCACCGGGCAGAAAAAUACUGCUACCCAAACUGAUCGACUUUGCUGCCCAAAUCGCAGAAGGCAUGGCAUACAUUGAGAAGAAGAACUACAUUCACCGGGACUUGCGAGCAGCUAACAUCCUGGUCAGCAAGAGCCUGCUCUGUAAGAUUGCUGACUUUGGCCUGGCUAGAGUCAUCGAGGACAACGAAUAUUCCGCCAAAGAAGGUGCUAAAUUCCCCAUUAAGUGGACAGCACCAGAAGCUAUAAAUUAUGGUUCUUUCACCAUCAAAUCAGACAUGUGGUCUUUUGGAAUCUUGCUUUCUGAGCUUAUCACAUAUGGCAAAAUCCCUUACACAGGUCUGAGCAACGCUGAAGUGAUGGCUAGACUGCAGCGGGGCUACAGGAUGCCACGCCCCCCAAACUGCCCCCAGUCCCUGUACAGCAUCAUGACUUCCUGCUGGAAAGCCAAGCCGGAGGAGCGGCCUACCUUCGAUUACAUGCAGAGUGUCCUGGAAGAUUAUUACACAGCCACAGAGGGCCAGUACCAGCAGCAACCCUGAGAAGAGCAAAGGAGGGCGGUUCAGGAACAUUCAACAGCACCGGUAAUGGGCACCACCCCGCCACUGAGCUGAUAUCGGCAUCUCCCGCUAGCUUAAGCUGACAGACUUGGAUGAGUACAGAUACUGGACAAGGAUCAGCCCAAGAAGAGCAUGUGCACAAAAUGAAAACAACCCCCACCCCCCGAGAAAAACAAACUAUAUAACCCUGACCACUGAUUUCCAGAAAUCAAAAUACUUCAUGUAGCAGUGUCUUUCCAGCUCCUCUCUCUAGUCUGGAAUGUAAGAGUUUUUAACUUUGUUUUGUUAAUGCAAGCAUGUAUUCUUUUAUUUUUAGUAUAACAGGUCAUUGUAAGAACAUGCACCUGGUGCCUUGGUAAGUUUAUUAGACAGAGAACAAGCCCAAGAGUUUGUCUUAUUUAU